AUAAAUACAAACGUUUUUUGACAGUUCUUAUUUUUUAUAGGUUGUUGUCUGAAUUUUUGGUCUCGUUAGGCCUAUCGAAAAAUUCCAAGUUUUUUAUCAUUUCCCCACCUCUUCUCAAAGCAAGAACACAUUUUAUCUUUACCUCUUGCCUAAAAAAAAAAGAAUCUUUCGCAGGUGAUUCUAUUCUAAUAAAUUUAAACUUAACAUAGUGAUUAUGGACCGUUCAACCAAUAAUCUGGACUUGGAGGAUGUUAGUCAGGUAUAUAUUUGCCAAAUGGACGCCCUACUAGGUCUAUUGUCGGAAAACAACGUCCCGAAAGAGGUGAUAGACAACUGUCUUUGUUCCGCUCUACUCUCAAGUAAUUGUCCCGCUUCAGGAGUGGAACAAUUAUUCGACGUAUAUAAAUACAAUGGCCAAAAUUAUAAAUCGGACUACCACUGCCCAACGCUCGCUCAUCUUGCCGCAAAAUACGGUCUCGCUCAGCUGUUUAUCAUUUAUAGGGAUCUAGAAUGUUAUCAGAAAAUCUCGAGAUUGACCAAUAAGGAGGGUUUCCUAGCUACGGAAAUGGCUCCAAGUUCAAAGUUAGGUAGGACUACUUCUUACGAACAAGCUAUGGAAGCUGCGAAUAAACCCAGCGAGACAAACGUUAAUGAUAAGACUGCGGUUGAUGAUUAUUACGACUCCCUGAAUACUUAUAUGGUUAUGUCUCCAAACCUCCAUUUAUCACAAGGAUAUGAGAAUGUAUCGGACGAACAGGAAGAUAGUAGGGAUACAAAUACAAAGCUUAAUACACAAGACAAAGAAAUAAGAAAAGCACCAUCCUUCGAUAGUAUAAAUGGAAGUAAUCAAAGAAAUAGCCAAUUAAUCAAACAUCGUCGAAAUUCAGAAAAUUCUAACCGGUUUAUAGAGCCGCCUACCCUUUUACCAAUUCCCCAAAAUAGGCCAAAGAAUCCACUCGCUGCCCUUAAGAAAAAAAUUAUACGCUAAAAUUCGAUUAUUUCAUAGUUAUACGUUUGAAAGAUGUAAGUGUAAAAAGAGAUUUUGAAGGUGACUUAAAGAUUAUAAUUAAUAAAAUCAUCAAAUUCACGUC